GUAGCCUACAGUCGAGCGAAGCCGUUGAUAAACUCACCCAGCACUCCGCGCCUGCGAGACGAGCCCCGGGAAAUAGCCCACCGACUGAUCUGGUCUCGCGGCUCGGUACGAGGAAACUCGUGGUCCGUCGGCUUAAAUCUUGCAGAGCCGCGUGUAAUAUGGCGUUCUUCUUCAGAGGAGCCAUCACUAGCUCUCCAGUAAAGAGCAGAGCCACACAAGAGGAUGAAUCAUGCCACAGCCUGGGCGUGUCCUUCCUCUCAGACUCCUCCUACGAAUGCUUCUCAACCAAUCCGCUGACAGGAUCUGUGUGUCAGUGUCGCCGUAGUCCCCGUCUCCUAGGCAACGGUUACUACGUGCUGACAGAGGACAGUUUUGCCGUUGAUGACCAGGGAAACGUCACCCUCACACCCUCCAAGACCAACGUGUCCUAUAAAGAAAACCUCGUCCGUAUAUUCCGUCGCAGGCGGCGGGUGAGAAAGUCAUUGGCAAGUCUUCUCAGUGACGUCAGCCAAUCGUGUCAGUCGUGGCUAGGAGGGGGCGUGUUUGGCUGGACAGACUCCGCCCUCCAGGAAGAGCCGUCCACUGAGGAGUGUAGCCACACCUCCUGUGUGUGCAGCCACACCCCCUUUGACCAUGGUCACUCCUCCACAUACGUCCGCACCCCCCUCAGAAGAGGCCACACCCCCAUCCGGCUAAGCCACACCCCAGACAGGGAGUUCCCACACAGCUUCACUUACGAUCCAACAGAGAAUGUGUGUCCACCUGAUAAGUCGAAGAUUUCUCAGGAGGAGGAGUUUACUGAGGAACAGUGUCUGUCACAAGAGCAAUUUGGCCAAUCAGUGGGUGGAUUAUUGGAAGUCCCGCCUCCCACAACCUUCAUCCAUGACAGAAGCCCCACCCCUGUGGACACACCCCCAGGCUCUCCGCUGGUGAAAGCCUUCAUCCUCCUCCUCCUCCUCAUGUUGUGUGUUUGCACAGCUAUCUUCUCCAGAUGGUUGUUGGGAGGUGUUGUCGUGACGAUAACCUUUCUCCUGGUGUCGUCAUUGCGUAAAGAUGUUAGGUGGAGGUGUGCAAAGACAGAGGACAUCACCUCCAGGAAUGAAUAAAAGCACACACACACACCUAUCCAGAUCAUAUACACACACACACACGUCCAGAUAUAUCAUAUACACACACCUGUCCAGAUAUAUCAUACAUACACACACACACACACACCCCUCCAGAUGUUUACACACACACAUCUGGAUGCAUAAUGUACUCUCCCUUUCUCCCGUAUAACCAAUGUGAAACCAGCUUUGGGGGUAGUGCUUCUGUAGACCAGGAUGCUGUGAGG